GCCGCGGCGCGUUCCAGCCCUGGCGGUCCCUGGCCGGGAGGGUCUCUGCCGAGUUGCCUGCAGUCGUCGGGUGGCUCCGGCUACAGCCUCUUGCCUGCGGCCGCCGACGAACUUCCUUGCAGCCCCUGAAGCGCCCCAGGUCCCUCCCGAGCGGCAGCGGCGGGCCGAUGGAGAAGGGCCCGGUGCGGGCGCCCGCCAAGCCGCGGGGCGCCAGGUGCAGCAAUGGGUUCCCCGAGGGGGAGCCGCGGCCCGGGCCGAGCGGGCCGGCCGAGAAGCCGCCGCGGCCGGAGACCAGGAGCGCCCAGCCGGCGGACGGCUGGAAGGGCGAGCGGCCCCGCAGCGAGGAGGACAACGAGCUGAACCUGCCCAACCUGGCGGCCGCCUACUCGUCCAUCCUGCGCUCGCUGGGCGAGGACCCCCAGCGGCAGGGGCUGCUCAAGACGCCCUGGAGGGCGGCCACGGCCAUGCAGUUCUUCACCAAGGGCUACCAGGAGACCAUCUCAGAUGUCCUAAAUGAUGCUGUAUUUGAUGAAGAUCAUGACGAGAUGGUAAUCGUAAAGGACAUAGAUAUGUUUUCCAUGUGUGAACAUCAUCUAGUUCCAUUUGUUGGAAAGGUCCAUAUCGGUUAUCUUCCUAACAAGCAAGUCCUUGGCCUCAGCAAACUUGCGAGGAUUGUAGAAAUCUACAGUAGAAGAUUACAAGUUCAAGAGCGCCUUACGAAACAGAUUGCUGUGGCAAUCACAGAAGCCUUGUGCCCUGCCGGAGUUGGGGUUGUGGUUGAAGCCACACACAUGUGCAUGGUAAUGCGAGGGGUACAGAAAAUGAACAGCAAAACUGUGACCAGCACAAUGUUGGGUGUGUUCCGGGAAGAUCCGAAGACCCGGGAGGAGUUUCUGACCCUCAUUAAAAGCUGAACGCCAGCGUGUGGUGUGCGGUCUGCAGAUUGUGCCUCUAGGAAGGUUGUUCGUCUGGUCUUCACUGUACAUUCCAUUUUCAGUUGUUACAGAUGCGAACUUUAUUCCUCAGCACUAAUUAUGUUUACUAAUUAUUUAUAGCAAGUCAAAUAAAAAUAAUUAAUAAAGGGGUGAGCCCCCUACUUUCUUCUUGCCACCUUUUAGUGGCAGCAUUCAAGCAAACUGCCAAUUGUAUAAGUUACAUGCACAAAACCACUGCCAUUCAGAGAACCUGAAGGUGCUGGGAAGGGAGAAGAAUUCGUGUGUUUUGUUCAAAUAGUACAGUAAUUUGGUUCAUAAGAACAGCAGUGUCGGGAACGGGUGAGAACUAUAACCAAUGUGCUGUUUUUCUCUCCCCAAACAAAAAUGGUAUAGUGCUUAAGAUAAUUUAUGGACAGUAUGCAGCUUUGUUCUGCAAAUUGAAAAUCAGGCUCCACUUUAAUCAUGUGGAUUAAACCACCAGUGACACUUUAUUUUUUAUAUAUUUAUUCUUUAACUAUCCAAUUGUAACGCGAGUCACCAAGAGAAGGUGGUGGAAUAUCUAUGUUUUUGGUUUUAUGGUGAGUCAAAAGGCACGUUUCUACCUUCCAGUCUCUUUUAAAUUUCAUCACAGGGAGUUAGCUCCUGGAGUUGUUUACGAGUGUAUUCUCAUGUCGACAUACGGGGAUUUAGACAUUUAACUCUCUGUGCCUUGAUGAGAAUAUCACACCAUUCAGAGUGUAGAUACUUUUGCCUUUUUUAAAAAAGCUGUUAUUUUAUAAGACUUAGUACCAACCCUGCAAAUACCCAGUCCUCCCAGUUUUACUUUUAGAAUUUUCUUGGGAGCUUACUUUGUGUAUCCCUUGUAGUUGCCUCAGAACUUUUUUUUGUCUUAUCGAAUAUUUUUCUACAUAUUUCCGGAAACUUUUCAGAGUGUCCAUCAUUUUCAGGUUUGCAGAACCAUAGCUUCCAUGAGCCCAGAAGAAUGCAGCACGAGCUGACUGUGGGCUGUUAGGAGCGACGUCCAGUGUCGAAGGAAAGCUGUAUUGCUGGUGUCUGUGAAAAUGUACCCUAAUUUUCUGGAAUUACCAGGAAUUAUUGGAAAAUACUGGAAGCCCCUUCCUGGUUUCCCUUGUGAUCCAAGUGGGUCUUGUCUUCAGUGUAUCUGUGCUAGUGGCGUAGAUCUUUUAGUCCAGGAAGUUGUUGCCUUAUUAACGAUUAUCUUAAAAUUUCCUCCACAGGGGCAGUGUGGGCCAAAUUAAAACAAACAAAACCCUCAACCCCCCCCCCCGCCCCCCGCCAAAACAUAAACACAGUUAUUCUGUGGGGAGUCCCUCAUCUGAAAUGUUACCAUAGUGCUCUUCAAAUUUAUCCCAGUACCUUAAGAAGAAUUAACUACAGUGUUUGCUUUAGCUUCGGGAGCUCUGUCUCUGCCACUGUGAUGCCGUUUGACUUACAGUGGGGCAAGAUGGCAGAAGGGCUUUCUUAAAAAAUUCUUCCCUACUUCUGUUUCCUUCAUUUUUCUGUAUUUGGAGUUUCUGAAGUACUGAGUUUCUGAAGUGGUAAUUGAUUUUGAGUUCCUUUUAAAGUGUGACCUGAUAUAACCAUCAUCCUGCUUAAUAUUUAGACAUCUAGAGGUAGAAUUGCGCACUCAACAUGUCUGGUAUUUUAAAGUAAAAACAGAUGUGACUUGGAGGACCAAAGAAAUCCAUAGCUAUGAAUUCGUCUUUCUCAGAUCGAUUGUAUGCCUUUGCAAUGACUCUUUGUUCUGGCCUUUCCCAGAAGUGUUCCCAUAAAGGUCUGUGUGUCCACUGGUCUGUGCAAAGUGAUUACCUUCUUGUUUUACUCUGCUCUGUAGUACUUCAAGAUUACUGUUUCGUAUCCAUGGUCUUGAGUCCUUUUUGGGGAUUUUAAAGAAUUUGAUGCAUUUAAAUACACUGUUCAAUGAAAUUGUUUGAAUUUUUUGUAUGUGUGUGUGUGUUACUAAAUUUAGUUCUAUUUAAAUUAUUAAAGUGUUACAACUU